AUGGCCACUGAGGAUGAUAACUUCGAUAUUGACAUUUACGGGGAUGGUAGUGGCUACAACGCCAAUGAUCAGGGUGACUUCAAGCAGGACUAUGACAUGAAACAGGAAGACACUGAUCUUAUGCUCGAUACGUCCGAUAACCCCCAGAACAGCGGCAACUCCACAGACUCCGGCACGAUUCAGCAACAACCCAACGCCACAACGAACGGUGCGGGCGCAUCCCAGCCAGACGCAACCAACCAACAACAAAUGCAAAAAGACACGACGCCCCAACAGGGUGUGAAACGGAAGGAACUCGACGAUCGCCCUGUUGAUCCUGAUGCCACACCCGCCCUUCUCAUUUCCGAGUUACACUGGUGGACUACGGACGAUGAUAUUCGGGGCUGGGCACGCGACGCCGGAUGCGAGGACGAACUAAAGGACGUAACUUUCAGCGAACACAAGGUGAACGGAAAGAGUAAAGGUCAAGCAUUCCUUGAAUUUACGUCGCUCCCCGCCGCAACCGCCACUAAACACCAGAUCGACUCCCUUUCCAGCACAGGCCAAAGCGGACGCAAGUUCUUGGUCAACUACACUAGCCCCAUUCCCAAUCCCUUUCGUACGCUUCCCAAAGACAACCCCAUGCGCAAGGACAACGCGCGCUCGGCCGGAGGAUACAAUUCACCGAACCAGAGCAACGCCAACUUUGGCAUGGGCAACAUGGGCGGGGGCUUCCGUGGAGGUAGAGGAGGAUACAACAAUCGCGGAGGGAUGUCGAAUAUGCCCGGCUACGUCAACCGCAACUUCAAUAAUCCCAUGGGCGGGUUCAACAACCCCAUGGUCGGCGCCGGAUUCCAAAAUAACCAGAUGGGCAUGGGCAACUACGGAUUCGGCGGCCGUGGCGGUAUGAUGGGUGGAAACAUGCGCGGCGGACCGGGCGGGAUGCGUGGUGGUCGUGGCGGCGGCAUGGCAGGACCCAACAUGAUGGGUAUGCCUAACAUGGGCCCUAUGGGCGGCAUGGGCAUGAACCCGAUGGCUGGGGGUAUGAACCCGAUGAUGGGCGGGAUGGGAGGAAAUAUGGGAAUGCAAGGUAUAGGCGGUUUCCAGGGCCCCAAUCAGGCCUUCAACACCGGCUUCUUCCCCCAGAACCAAGGCGUAGGUGACGGCUCGUGGAAUCCACACGGCACCAAGCGCAGUCGGCAGGAGUAA